CACUCGAGGUUUCCUCGUUCGCAUAUACUUGCUUUCCUCCUCAUUAUUGUACGCCCCGCGCUGUCGCUCCCCCCUCUCCUCACAUCGACAACCCUAGCCCUCGUCGGAUCUCUCGCCCCGUCGGCGUUCUGCGCUUCUCUUGUCCUUCGCGACCAAGUUUAGUUGAUCGUGUCUCUUGUGAAUUUGGAGGGUCCAUGCUGCACUAGAAUCCAUCAGCACCUAUCAAAAAGAGUAAAGUAGUGAAGCGGUGAAACACAGACUCAAGUAGUAAUACGUAAACAUUUAAUAACUUGAGUUCUUUUGGGUAUAUGGAUUGUACAAGUACUUGAUAGAUCAGGAAUUCUUGGACAUUAUGCUUUUGUCUGAUGACAUGGUUGACUACUUUUCAUUGUUCAUUUGAUCCUCACUUUACCGGCUGAUUCUAUUAUAUCUUUCGAGUUCUCCGAAAUGGACCGUUGUGAUACAUCAGGAUUUGUUAGUGGAGGCUGAAGGAUCUCAUUUUAGUAACUAACAUUAACAUUGUCAUCAUUUAAUUCCAGAAGUUGGACUUAAGUUUUUUUCCCCAAUCAGAAUUGGUGGAUUUAAGAAGUCUCUUGACAAUAAUGGAUAAUGGCUAUCUGAAUCUUGGCUCUGCUGCAAACCUAUUCACUUUAAGUACUUGUGACUUCCCUAGCAGGGUUCAGUUAAGAGAAGAUAGCACUGAUGUGACAUUACGACUUAACUCCCCUAGUUCUUCUUCUCUUUACAGCUCCAAAAUAAAAGGGGCAAAAAGGAUGUGGGGUUAUAUGAAUGGUAAUAAGGGUUCAGAGCAUCCCCUACUUGCUCUUGGGUUAGGGCAGUCAUUAAAUCCUUCAGAUAGCAAGACGAGCUCAAUAAUUCUUUGCAAGACUUCAACAGGCGAAACUGAUGAACACUCCAUUGAGUUAGGACUGGAUUUUCAGCCAAAUGUUCGGAAUGUGAAAAAAUCGAAUCCUUCCAAUUCCUUGUUUGCUACAGUCAAUGCUUCUCAUACUGAAAAUGUGAUUGACCUCGAGUUAAGUCUAUCAGUUGGGCCAUCUGAAUCGGUUAUGACCAGUAUCAAGCCCAUCCUGUCCCAACACCAGGGUAGCUUGGAGACUUCAGAAAUGGUAAGUUCAGUGCCAACCACUGAUGAAGAAGGGACUGCAUCAUCUUCCUGGAUAGUCAACAGUUGUCUGGAACCUUCUUUGCACAAUUCAGAGACAAAUGGUGAUUUUACUUCAAGUAAGAAAAUUCAAAUAGAAGUUGAUCCGGUUGCUGUUGUGCCAGAACCCCCCUCAACCAUGGCACAAACAGUGAAAAGCCCAGUCGUUUGCACUUCCACAGAUGUGUGUUCACAGCAUCACACCAGUAACAUGAAAAACUGUCAGUUCCAAGGUUGUGUUAAAAGAGCAAGAGGUGCCUCUGGUCUAUGCAUAGCCCAUGGUGGGGGACGGAGGUGCCAAAAACCAGGCUGUCAAAAGGGUGCUGAAGGGAGAACCAUCUUUUGCAAAGCGCAUGGGGGUGGUCGCCGAUGCGAACACCUUGGCUGCACUAAGAGUGCUGAAGGCCGCACUGAUUAUUGCAUUGCCCAUGGUGGUGGCCGACGUUGUGGCCAUGACGGUUGCAGCCGAGCUGCAAGAGAUAAAUCUGGUUUAUGCAUCAGGCACGGAGGUGGGAAGAGGUGCCAGAGGGAGAAUUGCACCAAAAGUGCAGAAGGUUAUUCCAGACUCUGCAUCUCUCAUGGUGGUGGCAGGCGCUGUCAAUUUCCAGCAUGCUCAAAGGGUGCACAGGGGAGUACAAUGUUCUGCAAGGCACAUGGUGGGGGGAAGCGGUGUUCAUUUUCGGGGUGCACCAAGGGAGCUGAAGGGAGCACUCCCUUCUGCAAGGGGCAUGGUGGAGGAAAGCGCUGCUCAUUUCAGGGUGGAGGUGUCUGCCCGAAGAGUGUGCAUGGUGGGACCUUAUUCUGUGUUGCCCAUGGUGGUGGGAAGAGGUGCGCUAUUCUUGGGUGCACCAAGAGUGCUAGAGGACGCACUAGCUUUUGUGUGCGCCAUGGAGGGGGCAAACGAUGCAAGUCCAUGGAUUGCAGAAAAAGUGCUCAGGGAAACACUGAUUUUUGCAAGGCACAUGGAGGCGGCAAACGGUGCGCGUGGGAUCAAGCAGGCUCAAAGUUUGGCACUGGUGAUGCACCUUGUGAUAGGUUUUCCAGGACGAAAGCUGGUCUCUGUGCUGGUCACGACGCCCUAGUGCAAGAUCAUUGUGUUCGUGGUGGCGGCACCAUUGAAAUUUCUCCUACCAAGUAUCCGGCGUCCAUUAGAUCUGAGAAGAUGAAAGAUGUUGCUGUCGACGGAGGGAAGAGGGUCUUUGGCUUCUGUGCAUCAGAGACAGAGAUGCACUCUCCACUUACUCAGUGUCGGUUGGUUUCCCUUCCAGAAGGGAGGGUUCAUGGAGGGAGUCUAAUGGCAAUACUGGCGACCAGUUCAACAGGCAUCAGGAAGCAUAACUACCAUGGAAAGUACUAUUUCAGGGCAGAGUGCUCGACAUAAUAUGAAUCAGAUAUACGUGCUUGACAUAUGUUCACCUUCUGGUUUCCCUGUGUUGGAAUAAUGUAUCGGAUUUACUGAUAUUAUUUUCUAGAAUGUGAUGGUCAGCUCCGGUUCCGCGCUCACAUCCAUGAUGGGGAUUUGGGCGGGUAGAAUUGUGGUAUGUUUUGCUAGCCUUUUACUACAAUAUUGUCUACUUGUGUAUUUACUAUGGCAAACUAAGUGCUAUAUGAAAAAAUUGCAUUUAGUUUGUAUUUGAUAACCUGUAUACUAUCCUAGAUGGACAGAUUUCUAUCUUUACUAGCAAGGUUUUCUUUAAA